GAAGUCUAUAGAGCUGCAGAGCGCAGGGAAAAGUACCAUUGGACUUUCUUAGAGCCAAAUAAUUAGGAUUCGAGGGUUUGCUAAGGAGAAAAAAAUGUUGAGUUUCAAAGUGUUGAUUCUUUUAUUUAUGGUCUGGAGCAUCCAGGGGGUGGGAGGAAAGCCCAUGUGUGAUCCGGAGGACCAUAAAUAUUAUCACACCCAGGCUGACACAUGUUUACAGUGUGAAGAGUGUCUCCAAGGAGAGGAGGCAAUAUCUUUAGAGGACUGGAACAUUGAACAUUCAGAUCCAGAGAAAGGUCCCACAGAAUGCAGACUUUGUCGGAAAUGUCAGUCGGGGACCUACAGUGAUAAACGGUCCUAUAAGUGUGAACCCUGCAGGAACUGUACGCUGUACAACCAGUACCAGGUCAGUCAGUGUACAGCAACUAGUGACACUGUAUGUGAUGGAGUCAGACCAACUACCCCCAGACAAAAUAUCACGAAAACUACAAAACUAGAUCCAGAAAAACAACAUGAAAAUGAUGAUGACUCUAAUGACAGCAUAACUAUUACUGGGAUGAUUUGUACCACUGUGUUCGUCCUUAUACUUAUCUUGUUUGUGUAUUUAUCAUUAAGGAAAUUCUGCUGUAAUAAAGAAAAUGAGAGAAAAGUGGAUUCUGAAGUGAUAAAGUCCACAUCAAGUGACCUUAGCAAGGAUGUUAAGAUUGAUAUGGAAUUGGAUUUACAACCUCUGCUUCAAAAGAGCUGUGAAUCUCAGUUUGAGAAAAAACCUAUUGAGCUUCAAACGCUUGGAGCAAAUCCAGAUGAAAUGGAUCUUCUGCAUGAUACCUGCAGCUCUAACAACAAGACCAAACAAGGGGAUCUGGAAACAGAUGGACCUCCAGAAAUCUCUCCCACUAAGAUUCAAAAGGAAGGACAGUUGUCUAACCUAAAUGAUGAAAGGUUGAAGACAGAUAGCCCUCAGGAACUACCACAGGAUCAUCCAAUGCCAGCUACUGCCCAAACAAACUCUAGACUUACAGAAGGCAAUCUAUGGACUAUAUCCAAAGAACUCGUUUCUGGACACCUCUUCCUUGCAGUGGCCAGAGACUUUAAGAUGGAGGAAGCCGACAUAGAAGCCGUGAAGAUUGACAACGAAAAGUAUAGCAAUGUCAGAGAGACCUCUUACCAGAUGCUUCUGCUGAUUACAAAAAAAAGGGGGAAGAUAACUUUUCAUGAGUUAAAAAACUCAUUGCAGAAACAUGAUCGGAAAGUAUAUGAAAAAGUUCUCAUUGCUUUAGAUCAGGCUGGCUCAAAUGAGCCAUAGUGCACAAUGUAUGCAUUAUGUUAACGUUGUAUGGCAGUUCUGAGGAUAUGUUCUGAUUUUGUUUUACCGGUGUUAACGUUUUUGACUUCAGAGAACAAAUUAACUGUUUAUUACCGUAGUUUGAAAUUUCUUGUACAUUGUUAGACACAUUAGAGUAUCUUAUUCUAUACGCUUGGUUCUUAAUUAAUUUUUAGAUUGUAAAAGUGAUAUACAUGUAGUUUUAUGUGUAGAUUUGGAUUUGCUGCUUCAACAGAUAAUAUUGUAAGAUAUAUGAUUAAUGCACAAGUGUAAUCAAUGUCAAUUAGUUAUACUAACAAUUUUUUUAUGCUUUGUUAUUUGUGAAUGUCUUUAUUCAUGUACAUGUCAGGUACAGUUUUUGCUUUAUAUUAUAAGGACUCUGCUAGGUCAAAAUGAAUUAACCUAGGAAUUUAUUUUCCAAAUUCUGAAAUGUUAAAAAAUUAUUAAAAUUUUGGAAAACAAUUUUAUGAGUGUCAGAGAAUUCAAGCAGUCACUUUUAAUUUUGCAUUAUGAAGAUAAAACUAUGUACCUGUAUUACAAUAACAUGUCUUUUCUUUGACUGCAUACUGGUAUCUAUGAGUAAAUAUGAUUUGUAGCCAAAUUCACUACUUAAAAUCCUAUCUAAGACCAUAUAAGAUUUAGCAAGUUUAGGCAAAGUGAAUUUUAUUCUUCUUCUAAUGUAACAUGCAAUUAUUAAACUUGCUGUCUUUUUUUUUUGGACCAAUUUAAAAAAUUUUAAAGAAAAAAAACCCAACAUGACUAUAAUAUAUAUGAAAAAAUUACUUAAGUUAUACUUGGCAGGGUCCUUGCAUGUAACUGUCUUUGUAUUUGUCGACAUUUAAUGUGAACUACGCCAAGCACGUUGUGUGCUAUAGGGUAAAAAGUUGGUCCAUUAAAUGAAGAGAAUUACUGGUAUGAUUUCAAUAAUUUGUCUACAUGCGUAGUACAAUUAUUGGGAAUCAUUAGGGUCAACCCCUUUUGUGACGAUAUAGACAUUUCAUUAUGGAGGAGUAUAUCAUACUACUUCAUUGUUGCGAUUUUGUAAUCCAUUAAGGGGUAAACCCCUUUAUUCUGAUGAAAUGAAGUUUCUCAGUUCAAAUAGUACAGAUACAUGUAUGUUGAUUCUAGAGCAAGGGUCUAAUUUGAAGUGAGAAUUGUUUGAUUUAUUUGCCCGAUCUGGGAUAGUUAUGUAUAUAUAUUAUGUUGAUUUGUUACAAGAUAGUGAAAUGAAUGGAUGUUGAGUUGACAGUUUGCUUUGUUCAAUAUUACUGGUAGAUGUGUUUAAUAUGCAUGGAAAGCUGAGGACAUUUCCUAAUUUUAAAGGCAUUUGUUUUUGCUUGAAGGACUUAUGUAAUUUUUUAAUGGCAUAUGGAAUUUUAAUGAAAUGAUAUAUAAUCUUUUAUUGCAUUAAAUUUUAGAAAGUAUGUUGUUAAGGUUACCCUUAACAGUGUACACAUACAAUAUGGUGCAUUUUUAUAGGGGGAUUAUAUUCACUUGUAUUUUAAAGCAGUUUAUAUGUAUUGUUGAAGCUAGGAUUGAUAUCAGAAUUGUUUGCAAUGAUGUACUGUUGGUUUUGAACCUGUUAUCUAAUAUGUGCCAUAGACAAAGGUGCUCAGAAUGUAGUCUGACUCAAUGUCAGGAAUAUUUCUAUCAAUUAAAUGGCUAGAGCUGGUGUCUCAAACCACCUUAAAACAUAAUUAGUGUACAUCACAAAAUUUACAAAACUGGAGUGAACCUGUAACCUUUUUGCUUGUGUCCAACAUUUUUUUACAAUGUAAAAAGUUUUCUUCUAGCAAACAAUAUCGGAUGUUAUAUCCACAUAUUUUGCUAUGUCAAAGCAGGCAUGAUAAAAGCUAAAUGGUAAAAUUAGAUCAUUACAACAAAAAAAAAACACUAAGAAUUUUAAACAAUUUUCAGAAAUAAAACUUAUAUUUACUGGUCUGGUGCCAAAAAGUUACACUAGCUGACACAGUUUUGGUCUGAAAUAAAUGAUAAUGCUACUAGAACUAGAUUACAGUCAAUUAUGAUUAAUUAAAUAUUUUUGAAAAGGUAAAAUAGAAUGAAUACUAUUUCAGAUUUAAAUUGUGGAGAUUUAAUAUCAUGUUAAUGUUUAAAGAAACUAGCUACAAACAAACAAAUAUUGAUAGAUUAAUUUGUUAAGCAGUCUAUAAAACAAAUUCUGUGUUCUAUAUUUAUAUGUGGCCUAGUGUAAACAUUGCAAAUUUUGAUUAAAAAUGACAAAAAUGUGAGAGGUGUAAAUGUAAAAAAAACUUAAGAUAAUUUGAAUAAGCCUAUUCCUCAGUGGUAAAUAUAACAAUUACAAAAAUUAAAGGAACUACUGCAUAUGAUUGUUCCCCUUUGGGUGGUCAAUGUGCAAUACAUAUUACCUUCUUUAAAAAAAAAAGAAUUGGAUCUUUUAUAGAAUUAAAUUUUAUAAUUUGUGUAUUUAAAUGCUGUAGUUGAUUUGUUUAUUGGAUUCAGACAGUAUUUGUAAAUUAUUAGUUUCUUUAUAGCUGUGAGCAAAUAUAGCGCCAUUCUUUUUAAUCAGCCAAGCUUAUGAAUAUAUGAAAUGAACAUGCUUGUUCUUCUAUUCUUAUUAUUGUUUUUUUAGUAAAGUGUGUGUUAAUUAUUAGCAUUAAUAUGAUUAAUGUGUGUUCAAGGUUUUAAACUGUUGUGUCUUUUUUCAUAGUUGAACUAUAGUUAAAUUAUAAACUAUAAAUUAUUAUAUUACAAUUCACCAAACUUUUUGUUUACCUAUUACACGUAUUUUUGGUACCUGCUGUAUAAUAAGUGAAAACUAGAAACUAUAUCACAUGGGUCUUCCGUCUUAGACCAGUAAUAUAAGGUGAUACCAUCAGUUAAGAAGACAUUUUUUGUUUCACCCUGACCAAAAUUGUUUUUGGCAUUAUUACUAAUCAUAAAAAAGGUUUGGUCCCAUUAGCUUUUCUUCAUAUAUAAUAAUCAUUGUCCAGAACUGUUCAGAAUGUACAUGUUUAUAUUUUUCGAGAUAUUAAGGAAAGAAUAUAUUGGGAUCCUUAUACAUUAUAUAGAGGUCAUUCUUAGAAAACAUUAACUGUAAUUUAUAAUGUCAAUGAUUUUUUUUUAGAAAUUUAGAAAUUUCAUGGAAAUCAAUCAAGUUCAUUCGUUCUUUUUGGUUAUUUUUUUUUUUAAUAAUUUUACAAUUUAGACGGAAGACCCUAUUUAAAAAUAUUUGUUUCAGUAUGUUUGCGUCUCUGCAUAUUAAAUCUUGUACACUGUCAUAGACUUUCAAAAUAAAACUGUUGUGCACCUACUAUAGAA